UUGGUCCCUUACAGAUCUCCCGAGGUUUUCUGCUGUGGGACAAUAAGUCAACCGUCCAACUGUCACUAUUAUCCUCCGUUACCGUUUCGAUACUCUGCAUUGUUGCCGAAGAACCCUACCAAUCCUGCCUAGCUACCCGCCAACAUUCCUCUGUGCCUAUACUCCAUUCCACCCUUACCCUGCUUGACAUUUACAUGUUUCAAAGCCGAAACCCCAACGCCAUCCAGAAAUUCCUCCGUGUACACCAGAGUUAUCGCCAGUCUGAAUAGUCACUGCGUGAAGUAGCAAAAGACUGGCUUCCAAAGUUUAACUGCUAGGAUUUCCUUAGCCACAGGACCAUUGGAAAGACUCGCCCGUCUCGCAAUACGGGCCGACUGCAUUGCUGCCUCACUCGCAGGCCGGAUUUCCCCUGGCAUAUUGCGUUGCAGACCUCCCCUGUUCCGUCGCCGUAUUUAAUAGGCGACUUCCCUUCCUACCGUCAUAACCCCGUUCUUGUUUCCUUCUCUUUGCCGCCAUGGCUGGCACACGGAACUACGAUUUUUUGAUCAAGCUCCUGCUUAUCGGAGACUCAGGAGUGGGUAAAUCCUGCUGCCUGCUACGAUUCAGCGAAGACUCAUUUACACCUUCUUUCAUCACCACUAUUGGUAUCGACUUCAAGAUUCGCACCAUAGACCUGGGAGGCAAGCGAGUGAAACUCCAAAUAUGGGAUACAGCGGGUCAAGAGAGAUUCCGGACAAUCACAACGGCUUAUUAUCGCGGUGCGAUGGGUAUAUUGCUUGUUUACGAUGUUACAGAUGAAAGAUCUUUUAACAAUAUUCGAACAUGGUUCUCCAACGUUGAGCAACACGCUUCCGAGGGCGUACACAAGAUGUUGAUUGGAAACAAGUGUGACUGGGAAGAGAAACGAGCCGUAUCUACCGAGCAAGGCCAGCAGCUGGCUGAUGAGCUAGGCAUCCCCUUUUUGGAAGUUUCCGCGAAGAAUAACAUCAACGUCGACAAAGCAUUUUACACCCUCGCUUCGGAGAUAAAGAAGGUCAUGGAUACAUCGAAGGCUGAGCAGUCUGCUUCACAUAACGUCAGUAUAGAUCAAGGCACGGGGUCCGGGACAGGGCUCGCGAACAAGUGCUGUUAAAUGGGUUGGGUGCUAGAGGGAGGGUUGAGAGAGCAUUUGAUGUCAGUUCCUUCCUCGCAGAUGAUUUGUCUGUAUAAUUUUAUAUCCUUCUUCUUUUUAUCGCGUAUGAUUACCCCUGAAGAGACAAGACUUUAUGCCCUGUGUCAGGUUGAUCAGGUUGCCCGCCUUUUUUUUUUUACUUUUUUUGUGUCAUUUGCCGCUUCAUUCUGUCCCCUUCGUUAUUUGUUUUUUAUCUAUGAUGUUCCAAGGAUGUGUCUCUUAGGUAUGGAUGUUUGCUGCUUUACCCUGAUCGGGAUAGAUUACUGCUUCCAAUGUUAUGUCAGGCAAAUGUUAAGAGUACCUGUGUGGCCUUG